CGUGACAGUGACGUAUAUAAGCUACCCUCCGUCGCGGUCAAUUUUUCCGAAUUAAACAGAACACAAUCUACUAAUAUUGCACCGAGAAACAUCAAGGCUCUUCGUAGACCACGAUGGUUAGACUAAUAUAUAGCGUGUUGGUAUUGUGCUGUGUUUCCGUGGUUCUGUGUCAAGAAACCCAUUAUGAGACCAUGGAAGAUGGCAUGCAGAAAAUAUCAAUGCAGAGCCCAUCACUAACCGAGGAAGAACGUCACAGCAUGCACAUGCCGGACACACUCCAGUGUGACGCCUGCAGAGUUAUAGCUUCCCAGCUGAUGACGAGGUUCAACACAGAACACAAGAAGAGAAAGAGUGUCAUUGCGAAACGAGGUCGCUUGGCUGAGUCUGAUGUGCUUGACAUCAUUGAAUCGAUCUGCAAAGACGAUAACGAGGUUUUUGAUAAUGUUGGCGUUAAAGCAAUCAACGGUCAGACUCAUCUGUCAGGGCCAGGCCUGGAGACGGAGAACUUUCCAGGCAUGAUGCAGGGCGGCGGUAAAUGGCCUGGCAGGCUGAAGGAGAUGUGUUCCAUGUACACAGGCGAUAUAGGAGAAGAAGAGAUUUAUAAAGCGUUUCUGAAACGCAUAAAUCUAGAAGAUUUUCUGUGUUGGGGAAUUGAUGAAAUGGCAUACUGUAAUACAGUGAAGAAGCAAAUGAAAUUAAAUAAAAAAGGAAAAAACGAACUAUGAUCCAUAAAAUCCUCCAACUUUUUAUAAUUUGAAAAGCAGAAACAGAUUAAAAUUAAAAAACCGAAAAAAAGAAAGAAAAAAAAAGAAAGGUUAAAAAAAAGGGGGAAAUAAUAAAAGAAACAUAAAAAGAUAGAGAAGAAAAAAUGAAAUUAGUGUUUUUGGUCUAAGGCCUAUUUUUAUCACACAUUUGUUGUUGAACGUUUUGCAUAUUUUGGUUGUUAUUGUUGUUAGUUAGUUUUAUAAUUAUAAUAUUGUUGGAGCCAUUCUACAAUUAUGUAACUAAAAAUCUAGCAUUUUGUAAACAUCUUUCAUAUAAAAUUUUAUAAUGCGGACAACACCUCUUUCCCUUUAAGCCAGUGCAGCAUGACUGGUAUAUCAAAGACCAUGGUAUGCACUAUCCUGUCUGUGGAUAUAUAAAAUAUCCCUUGCUACUAAUGGAAAAAUGCAACAGGGACCGCACCCCAUAAAUUUUGCGAUAGUUAUGAUUUUAUUAUAUAUUAACUUUAAUUUUUUACGAUCCCCCUCCAAACCUCGGCGUUUCUGAAACGCAUAAAUCUAGAAGACUUUCUGUGUUGGGGAAUUGAUGAAAUGGCAUACUGUAAUACAGUGAAGAAGCAAAUGAAAUCAAAUAAAAAAGGAAAUGACGAACUAUGAUCCAUAAAAUCCUCCAACUCAUAAAUGUUUUUUUUUAACAAUUUGAAAAGCAGUAACACAAACCAUUAGAUUAAAAAAAAAUAAAAAAUGGGGGAAAAAAAAAGAUGGGUUAAAAAAAGAGGGAAAAAGAAAAGACAUAAAAAAAAAAUAGAAAAAUAAAACUAGUUUUUUUUUUUUUUUUUUUUUUAAUCUAAGGCCUAUUUUUAUCACAUGUUUGUUAUUGAAAGUUUUGCAUAUUUUGGUUGUUAUUGUUGUUCGUUAGUUUUAUAAUUAUAAUAUUGUUGGAGCCAUUCUACAAUUAUGUAACAAAAAAUCUAGCAUUUUGUAAACAUCUUCCAUAUAAAAUUUUAUAAUGCUGACAGAACAUCUUUCCCCUUUAAGCCAGGUGCACCAUGACUGGUAUGUCAAAGGCCAUGGUAUGCACUAUCCUGUAUGUGGAUAUAUAAAAUAUCCCUUGCUACUAAUGGAAAAAUGCAACAUGUUUCCUCUCUAAGACAUUAUGUCAAAAUUACCAAAUGUUUGACAUCCAAUAGCCAAUGAUUAAUCAAUGUGCUCUAGUGGUGUCGUUAAACAAAACAAACUCUUCCCCUCUACAGUAUGCAUCCACCUUUGACCUGCUUAUUGGACGUAUUUUUGCUUUGUUUUUAUUUGGUCAUAAAUACUAUAAUAAAAAUAAUGUAUUCAGGACUAAACUGGCUGCAUUUUACUUUAUGACUGAAAAAAGGGGUAUUUGAAAACGUUAUAUACCUCUUGACAGAUCAGGUCAAAGCGUUUUACGUGCACAUUAAGAGCAAGCUGUUGUGGCACACGCCUGGCAUGAGCGCAAGUGUCGGGUUCCUCCGGUUCCUCCGUCCAGGACAGGAUUGCGUUCAGCCAGCACGAGCAGAAAAACGUUCACUAGACUGGUUUAUGCGCUUCACGGUAAACCAAAUGACCACGUCGGGAACCAAUCAAAUAGUUCGCGAGGGUUAGCGAAACGUUUGUCGGCUGAACUUGAAGUAGUCUUGAUAGAUAUCCCCUUAACCCCCUUUAUAGCUCAUUCCAUGAACACCACCCCCUGUCCCGAGCGUUACGUAAUUGUUGAACGGCAGUAGUUUUUCUUCGCGUUCCAAAAGGAUCAACAUUCUAACACAUUACUGUUAUGUUAAAUAAAUGUUCUGACGUUUUAUAAUAUUGAAAACUAUUAUGUGAAACAUGCUAAUACAUGAUACUUUUUCUCAACCUUCUAUGCAGGUUCCGUUUAAUAUAUACUGAAAAACAAAAGAAAAACAGAAAAGGGUUAUGGUUAUAAUUUGUAAUUAGAAUAUAUUUACUUCAUUAGAAACGCUCGAUUCUGUAAAAUGAGAAACUGUAUAUCAAACCAGAAGCGGAUCUGGAGAUGGGAUGGGGGGGGGGGGGGAGCAGGGGCCCGCACCCCCAUAAAUUUUGCGAUAGUUAUAAUUUUAUUAUAUAUUAACUUUAAGUUUUUACGAUCCCCCUCCAAAGCUCCCCCAAAGUUCCCUUGGCCUCAUGUCAUUGCAUCCCACUUCCCAAAUGGAUUUUUCUGAUCCGCCACUGCAAACUGUAAUUCUCCCGAAUCUAACUUCAAUACGUGUUAAUCCCUUAAUAAUUAUUAUUAUCAUUUUUUUUUUUCAAUUUAAUGUUCAUCUGAAAAUUAUAUUCACAUUUCUUUCGAAGUUCAGUAUAUAUGUAUUGUAUUAAAACAUAUUAUAUGACCUGAAUCAAUUAGUUAAAUUGCAUGUUUUAAAUUCAUUACGGAUGUUUCAUGUUAUGUUUUUCAAGUUUGGGUAAGUCUUUCUAUGGCUUGUAGGAUAAUCAUAACACUGUGUCUACAGGCGCGUGUGCAAGGUGGGGUUGGGGGAGGGUUGGGGGGGAGCGGUUGUGUGUCGAUCCCUACUCGGGCGAAUUUUCUUUUUGUUUUUAAAUGAAAUUUCUGGGGGAACAUGAUUCGACCACAGUCUAGACCCCCCCCCCCCCCUCCCCCGCAUUAAUGCCGGCAUAUGCGCCUGAUCUAUGAUAUUCGGAAUAAAACUUCAAAAACCACAGGUACCCCACCCACCAUUCCAAACAUUAACCCUGACGUGGUGGGGUAUACACAGCAGGCACGGCGGAAGCAAGUACAUGGGGGGAUGAGGGGGGGGGGCUGACAGAUCGAGAGCGCUAAGUAGUUUCGGUGGUGGGGGGGGGGGGGGUAUUCACUCGUAAAAUUUUGAAAUCUAGAUGUCCUGAAAUGCAAUUUCCUGCAUUUUACAAGUAAAAUUAAUCUCUGCCUUAAUUAUUACCAAUAAUAUUUUUUAUUCAGAAUUAUUGAGGAGGGCGAGGCUAGAGCCUCCAGUCUCCCUCCUGUUCCGCCGUGCCUGCACAGUAUUAUACUCACGGGUUUCUGUUUUGAGGUAACUCUUACAACCCUAUUAGUAACAAAGACAGACUAUUUGUAAAGAAUUUAAACCAGUAUUACGGGUUUUAUUACUGUAAAAAAUCACAAAACCCCCCAGCAACAUCGUUUCGUAAUAAAGUGUCAUUCUUUUA